AUGUGCAUGCCCAUAUCUAGUCACUUACGUUCACUCGCAGGUUCUCAAUGGCGAGUUGCUGCUCGUCGGCCCAAGGGCCUCGCAGCCAUCAUCCCAUGGGAGGGAAUGUCCGACUACUACCGCGAUCGCUGCCGACAUGGCGGCAUUUAUUCCAAUAAGUUCAUCAGCGUUUGGUGGAACCGUCAGGUCCUUGUAAACCAAUACGGCCGCAAGGAAAGAUCGAAGCUGGAGUUCCCACCCGAUGGGCCAGGAGCCAGGGGCCAAGAGGACACUAUUGAGGGCGAUCUUCCCGAGGACGUUCUCAUCGCCAACCGCCAGGACCAGACAAGGGAUAAUGAGAACAACCGCUUCCGCGAUGAUGAAUACUACAGCAGCAAGGAAUACAACCUUGAGGAUAUCGAGGUCCCUCUGCUUAGCGUCGCGAACUGGGGUGGAAUUCUCCUUCACUUGAGAGGUAAUGUCCAGGGAUAUCUUGGGGCUGGCUCGAAGCUCAAAUACCUUCGCUUCAUAACGGGGCGACAUGACUUGCCCUUUUAUUAUCCAGAGGAAGUUGAAUUGCAGAAGAGCUUUCUCGAUGCGUUCUUGAAGGGCGAUGACCGCGUCGGCUGGAGUGUGCCCGGGAAGAUAUCUCCUGUGACGCUCACGCUGCGUAAGGGCAAUAUCGGCUUCAAUGACGCUCAGAAGGAGAAGGCAUAUGAAAAGCGAACGGAAACUGCAUGGCCUAUUCCACGAACCAAGUACACCAACUUUUACUUGACGCCAGACUUGGGACUCACAGCUGCCGGUCCCAGCUCGGAGUCAAAGACGGUUUCGUACAAAGCUCUUGGUUCCCUAGAUAAGCCGCAAUUCGUCUCUUUCACCACUGCCCCAUUCGAGCAAGAGACCGAGGUCACAGGACACGUUGUGGCUCACCUGAACGUCUCUGUCACACCUGAAAAUACUGGGAAUGAUACCGACAUUGACCUAUUCGUAACUUUGCGUCACAUUGACCCGACAGGCAAGGAGGUGUUCUACACUGGCACCGCCGGAGAUCCUGUGCCGCUCGUUAAGGGUUGGUUACGUGUGAGCAACCGUAAGGUGCACGAAGAGCACCCCAGACACAAGUCCUGGCUACCUCACAGAGAGUAUCUCUCUACUGACGUCCAACCCGUCAAGGCUGGCGAAGUCUAUGGCGUGGAUGUCGAGAUUUGGCCCACCAACGUAAUUGUCGAUAAAGGUGGCAAGAUCGUAUUUGAAAUCGGUAGCGGCGAUACGCAAGGUAGUGGCAUCUUCCAACAUGCUUCGGAUAUUGAUAGGCCCGCCAGCAAGUUUGCCGGACUGAACAACAUCCACUUUGGGCAGGGCCUGGAGAACUAUGUCACAUUGCCUAUAAUUCCACUAAACUAG